AUGUGUUACGUAUCCUGUUCUUCGGUGCAAUAUGCUCUAAGACGGUAUCAAGAGGCUGGUCACUACACCCGCAGACCAGGUAGUAGAGCUGUACGUUGCACAUCAGCUCGUGACGAUCGCUUUAGAAAGUUUAAGAAAUCGCUUCCUUAUCGCGCCCGUCGAGAUCCGUCAGCGGUUACAAAUCUACAGAAGAAAUUAAUUGAAAAUCCCGAAGCUAGCCUAGCUCCACUUCAGUUUGCCUGCAAACAAGCUAACUGGUCUCAUGAGCAAUGGGCGAGAGUUUACAGACGAGUGCAGGAAUCGCAUUGCCUACUCCUGAUGGAACCAGAUAAAGUGUGUGGUGAAUUAAGGCGAACGGUAUCUAACGAUUACUACCACUCCAACAAACAGGGUCUGGUCCGAGGGCAGAAGUCGCAAGAUAAUGUUUAUUCGUCAUUCCUCGGAAUACCUUACGCAAAGGUGGACGGGAGUAACCCUUUCGGUCCAUCUCAAUCACCUUCAGAGUUCGAGGAGGAAAUAUUUGAUGCUUAUGAUGGAUCAGUCAAAUGUCCACAAUCAGAAGCAUCCUCUUCAAGGGGAUCGAAAAGAGAAGUCGGUCAAUUGGACUGUCUCUAUCUUAACAUCUACGUUCCCAUAGCAGCUGGUAUGAAGAAUCCCCUCCCCGUCUUGGUGUGGAUACACGGUGGGCAGUACGCUAAAGGCAGCGGGGGAGAAUAUGACGCACACGAUUUGGUCAAACAAGGAAUCAUUGUGGUCACCAUAAAUUACAGGCUUGGACCAUACGGGUUCAUGUGCCUCGAUGACCCAUCUGCCCCAGGCAACCAAGGGCUUAAAGACCAGUACACUGCUUUACGUUGGAUAAGAAGGAAUAUCGGUGCGUUCGGAGGCAACCCAUACAACGUUACUAUCGGUGGACAAGACGCCGGGGCGAGUUCAGUUCUGCUGCACUUGUAUUCAGACAAAGAGAAAUUGUUCAACAAAGCUAUUGUAGAAAGUGGCACUCCACAGAGCGAGGGUAUGUUCGUGAAUGGAGACGCAGAUGCUGCACUAAAACUGGCCGAACAUCUCGGAUUGAAUACAUCUGACACCCAGGAAGCUCUCACGUUCCUCACAAGCUCCUCGCCACAUCUAGUCACGGCGGCGGCUGCUGAUAUCGGUCUGAGAUUAGGGCCGUGCAAGGAAAAGUCUUUUAGCAGCGUAGAGAACUUCGUAGAAUCCGAUCCAUUCUCCCUAUCUAAUGAGAGGAAGAUUAGGAACACACCAGUACUAAUCGGUCACACUAGUAAGGAAGAACACGGCACGGUGAAAAACUACGGCGAUAGCUAUUAUAAAAACGAUCCGUUUUAUGAGAAGCUCAGCAACAAUUUCAAUCUUAAUGAAGACCAGCUCGUUGAGGCUGCGAGCAUAGUGAAACACUUCUACAUCGGCGACAGACCGGUGUCCGCAGACGUUGCGUCGGAACUAGAAGAUUUCGAAUCAGACUUCGUCCAAAACCAUCCGACACAAAGAACGAUAACGAACUUAUUAAACGAAAACGCUUAUCCCGUUUAUUUAUACGAGUUCAGUUACGUCGGUAACGCUGAGGACGGCGUUGCCUCGCAUUCUGCCGAAAUCGAUUAUCUAUUUCCGGAUUCGAACGCGAGUAACGAUGUCGAUGAAAAUGAUCAGUUGAUUAUCAACCGAAUUACUACGUUGUGGGCGAACUUUGUCAAAUAUGGGAAUCCCACGCCACAGACCACCGACCUGAUACCUGUUGCCUGGGAACCGGUCACCGUUGACUCCCGGCCUUAUUUGGUGAUCGACACGGACAUUAAGCUGGAGCACAGGAUUCUAAACAGCAGGAUGGCCUUCUGGGAUCUAUUCUACUCUUUCUACGGCAAGCUGAACAAACUUGCGCGAGAAUGCGAAAUU